AUGGGGCCGAUGAUUAAUACGCUACCAUUGCGGAUAAAUAUUGAUGAGACGGAAGUCGAAACCGCUGUGCGCCAUACGCACGCUCAGUUGAGUGCAUUGUUGACACACGAACAUGCACCGCUUGUGUUGGCCCAACGCUGUAGUGCAGUUCCAGCUGGUGUGCCGUUAUUCAGUGUUCUGAUGAACUAUCGCCAUAAUCAGUACACAAGGCAGGUUAGUGCAUCAAUUCCUGGGGUUAGAGUUUUAGAUGUUGAGGAGCGAACCAAUUACCCACUAACCUUGUCGAUUGAAGAUGAUGGUUAUACACUAGGACUGACGGCUCAAGUAUCUACUCCAAUUUCAGCAAUUCGAAUCUGCGCCUACAUGCAACAAUCUCUGGAAUCGAUCAAUGACGCAGUAAGGCAAACCCCUCAACAACCAAUUCGAACACUGACAGUGGUACCACCUGAAGAACGCACGUUACUGCUACAUACCUGGAAUGAAACCACGAUUACCUAUUCACCUGUCCGAUAUCUUCAUCAAUUUUUUGAGUCACAGGUGGAACAGAAUGGACAGGCGAUCGCUGUGGAGUGUAACAGAGAGAUCCUUAGCUACGCGGAACUCAACGCACAGUCCAACCAACUAGCACAUUAUCUAAUCGUACGAGGCGUCAAACCAGAUGAUCGCAUCGCACUCUGUAUCAAACGGAGUGUGAAAUUAGUUGUAGCUAUACUUGGCAUUCUAAAAGCCGGCGGCGCCUAUGUACCAUUAGAUCCGGAUUACUCGAGUCAACGGCUAACUAAUAUUUUACAUGAUGCUGGCCCUAUAUUUCUGUUGGCAGAUGCUACUGGCCGAAAAGUACUCGGAGAACAUCAAGUACCUGUUGUUGACUUGGAAAACCCGUUGCCUUCUGAUUUGCCAAUGGAUAAUCCGGAUGCAAUCAAGCUUGGACUCGAUCCAGCCCAUCUGGUCUAUGUCAUUUAUACCUCUGGCUCGACAGGAACACCGAAAGGAGUAACGGUUGAACAUCAGCAAGUUGUACAUCUCUUUGAGGUUACAAAAGGCAAAUUUGGUUUUAGCACAGAAGACAAAUGGUGUUUAUUCCAUUCAUUUUCUUUUGAUGUGUCCGUAUGGGAGAUAUGGGGUGCAUUAUCUCAUGGUAGUCAACUUUCAAUUGUACCAUUCAGUGCCACUCGUUCAAUGGACGAAUUAUAUGACUUGAUCUGUACUAGUGGUAUUACUGUACUAAACCAAAGCCCUUCAACACUGAAAAUGCUUAUGAAUGUGGAAAAGUUCAGUUCACGAUCCGAUAAACUUCGGUAUGUGUUUUUUGGCGGUGAAUCAUUAGACCCAUUAAUUCUAAGGGAUUGGUUUGAGAAAUACGAUAAAGGUCAAACAGUGUUAGCUAAUAUGUAUGGUCCUACCGAGACAGUUAUAAUUGCCACAUGUUGGAUCUGUGAUGGUGAAAACUCAUUGGUACCAAUCGGUCGUCCUCUUCCCAACAAGCAAAUUUAUCUGUUGGAUGCUCAUGGUGAGCCAGUUCCACUAGGAGCCGAGGGAGAAUUGCACAUUGGCGGUGAUGGUGUGGCACGUGACUAUCUGAACCGUCCAGAACUUACCGCGGAACGAUUUUUACCCGAUCCAUUCAGUGAUGAUCCAGCAGCACGCAUGUAUCGUACUGGUGAUCGAGUACGAUAUCUACCAGAUGGUAAUCUGAUAUAUCUAGGACGCAUCGACCAACAAGUGAAAAUUCGCGGAUUUCGGAUUGAGCCUGGUGAAAUCGAAGCCCACCUAGUCGCAAAUCCUCAGGUGCGUGAAGCGGUUGUACAGCCCUACGGAAAUGAAUCAGAUGUUCGUCUUGUAGCUUAUGUGGUGGCCAAUACCGAUACGGAUACAUUAAUAGCACAGGAUUUACGCACGCAUCUGUCAAAACUAUUGCCUGACUAUAUGAUACCAGCGGCCUAUGUAUGUCUACCAUCCUUGCCUCUCACACCCAAUGGCAAGCUAGACCGGCAAGCACUACCAAUUCCGGAUGAAGAAGCGUUUGCUCGCCAGAAAUACGAACCUCCACAGGGCGAAAUGGAAGAAAAAUUGGCCGAUAUCUGGCGUCAAUUGCUGAGCAUUGAACAUAUUAGUCGACAUGAUAAUUUCUUUGCGCUAGGAGGCCAUUCUUUGUUAGUCGUACGGCUUCUAGAGGAGUUGAGAAAGAUCGGACUUAAUGCCACCGUUCGGAAAGUGUUUGAUUCUCCCACAUUGGCCAUGUUAGCUGCAACACUCAGUCACUAUAAAUCUGUGAAUAUUCCGCCCAACCUAAUUACAACAGACAGCACGGAGAUUACCCCAGGAAUGUUACCACUCAUCAAUCUUUCUCAGUCGGAGAUUGAUACAAUUGUUGCACAGGUACCAGGCGGAUUAGCUAACAUUCAAGAUAUUUAUGGAUUGGCUCCUUUACAGAACGGCAUUUUGUUCCAUCAUAUAAAAACCGAACGUGGAGAUCCAUAUCU